UUAUCUGCUACCACAUUUUAUUAUUGUUGGUAAUUUAAAUUAUUGCAAACAAUAAAUAGCGUGCAAUUAAUCUACCACCUACCAUUUUGUGUUGCAAGUCUCCCUGAUUUUCAUAAAAUAUUAUUUAAAGAUGCUCCUCUUAUAUCAGAAUGGUGCCCCGCCAUCUCGGGCUGUACAAUUGGUUGCUGAAGCGCUAUCUAUUAAGCUUACUCUGAAGUAUGUGGAUGUUUUAACCAAAGAACAAUUUGCCCCAGAGUUCUUAAAGAUGAAUCCCCAACACACACUGCCAGUUUUGGACGACAAUGGUUUUAUUUUAUUCGACAGUCAUGCUAUCAUGCCUUAUUUAGUAUCCAAAUAUGGAAAAAAUGAUUCUUUGUAUCCAAAAGAUUUACAAAAGAGAGCUAUCGUCGACCAGAGACUUCACUUUGACUCCAAUAUCCUCAAUGUAAGGGGAGCUGUUAUUGUGAAAAGAGUUUUCCUGGAGAAAAAACGAGACAUUGUACCAGAGCAACUGCAAGCGUUGGAAGAAGCCUAUGAAAUUGUUGAAAAAUUUUUAGGUUCGAAUAAGUAUGUAGCUGGUAAUGAACUGACAAUAGCAGAUUUUAGCUUUUGGACUACAAUUACAAACUGGAAUGCGGUUGGAUUGUGUACCGAAGACAAAUAUCCAAAAAUAACCGCUUGGUUAAAGAGAAUGUCUGAAUUACCUUACUCCAAAUUUAAUAAGGAUGCAGAAGAUGCAUUCAAGGCAACUUGGAACGAACUCAUGGCAAAAAAAUAAUAAAUAAUGUACAUUACGUUGCAUGUAUUUUUAAAAUUCAUUACUACAAUUAUUUAUUCAAAUAGGUAAAGAAAUAAUAAAUAA